CUCAACCAUAACCCAUUAACCAGCUAAUCAAAUUUGCAACUUGCAGAUUAUACAUCACGUUCCUUCAUAGGAACACCAACCAAACCCACCAUUAGGCUGCUUAUUACCAUACUAAUUAGACAAUGAUGGGGGUACGGUCAGACGUCACAAUGCGAAAGCUCGUGUGAAUUGGCAUUUUUUGUCGACCGAUGAGAUCAACCAUUCAAGUCAAGAAUCUGAGAAAUGUUUUUAUAUAUAUCCAAAUUGUUCUAUGUCAGGACAUGCUUUUUUCUCAAGACCAAUCAAGCAAGAGAUGGACGAAUCAACCGGGAGUCGAGUAGUCUUGGUUGCCUGGCUAGCUAGCCAUUCACGUACACCUUUACUAGGUAUGGCAUGGGAAUCUUGGUCCUGGCUCAUGCACAAACAACACAACACAGUCAUAAAGGUGAGAUGCCACGCAGCUACACACUCGCUCCACACAACCUACCAAAAACAAAGUUCCAACUGCGGCGAACUGGCACGUCGCUGCUUCUUCAAUGACGGCGGCCUUCCCCGACCGGUCCAGCUCCAGCAUCACGACCACCCGGAUCCACCCCUCCGAGUCCGAGACCACGCGGCCUCUGCACCUUCCCCACCGCAGCAGCGGCGGAGAUCCAUCUGGCCGCGCGGCGUCGUCGGCGGCGGCGCUGCGGUACACGGUGUGGAAGAGGUCCAGCAUGGGCUUCCCGGGCACCGACGGCUUCUGCGUCUACGACACCGCCGGCGCCCUUGCCUUCCGCGUCGACAACUACUCGCGCCGCCGCAAGAUCUUCGUCGGCGAGCUCCUGCUCAUGGAUGGCCAAGGCUCGCCUCUUCUUGCCCUCAGGCCACAGAUCUUCAGCACGCACGACCAAUGGAAUUGCUAUAAAGCAUCAGAAGAAAGCCAAGGCGAGAGGACAAGGUCACAUCAACUCUUCUCAAUGAGAAAGUGCUCGGUUUUGCAAAAGGGUCAUAUAGCCGAAGUGUCCAUGACAGGAUGUAGCACGGCAUUAGACCGUACCAGUCACGGUCCCAGCUUCUGUGUCGAGGGCUGCUUCAGGAGAAGAAGCUGCAAGAUCCGCAACAGUGAUGGCGAGGAGGUGGCAAGGAUAAUGAGGAAGAAGGCUGAAGCCGCGGCGAGUUCUUUGAUGCUUGGUGACGACGUGUUCAGCCUCAUGAUCCAGCCGAAUGUGGAUUGCGCGAUGAUCAUGGCUUUCAUCGUUGUUCUGGAUCGGAUCUGCUGGAGGCCGUUCACACCCAUGAUCUGUUCCUCAUAGCCCUUGGUGAUGAAGCCCUUUCUGACUACUAUAUAUGCAUGAUCACUGAAGCAAAGAGAGCACAGUGAUUUACAAAAGGACGGAUAGAAAAUGUAGUUCGCGAAAUGCAGCUGUAAAUCGGCUGCAACUGACUAAGACCUAACUUGUCAAAUUUAUGUAGAUACAACUUUUAGGAACUCAUGAUUUAGUUUUCUGAGAAUGUAGCAUCACUAUGAGCAAUGCAACCAGAGAGUCAACUGCGUGAGUUGUCAGUUAUAACCAAUCAUGGUAAUAUCAGAGCAGUAUUAUGCUAGUGGUUUUCACCAAGAA